UUACCUAUUUCAGCAACGCACGCGCGGGCUGGCAGCACCUCGGGGCGAAAGCAACAUGCUGCUACCUCUCACGCUACAAGCCACAGGCCCUUAAGUGGCACCUAUGAAGGCUUGUGUGAUCCAACAUCAUCCAAGGCAUCUACAUGCUCCCGCGAGAGGUUCGCGUAACCGGGUGCCAGGCGUGCCGAGUGCGGAAUUGGCGCAGCUCCUCGCAGCCCCCAGCACACACAGGGAGGGGACGCGAGCGGGCGGCAAGCGGGUUGUGCAUGCCAAGUUGUCAUCUUAAUACAUCAUGUACCAGCUACUUGUGGCCACGCUGUUGCUUCUGGCUGAGCGAGGGGCCGCAGGAUUGGGCGCGGCUCCUGGGGCCGCUAAGGAGAACUUGGUAAUGUACAUCUUCUCCGCGACAGACCCAGAGUUUGUGCGCAAUCUGGAGUUCUUCGUGCGGGAAGCUGUCAUGGAUGACACCCGCAGCGACUACGUGAUUGUGGUGCAAGAGUCAACGGACUUGGGGAAAGUGACGCUACCGAAACUGCCGAAGCAUGCACGCUACGUGCGUCACACCAACCGCUGCUAUGAUUGGGGCACGUUUGGGUGGCUGUUGCUGUCGGGCAAGGUGGACCCGCGGCAGUACCGCUACUACUUCUUCAUCAACUGCAGUGUUCGCGGACCGUUCCUGCCAAGCUAUGCCCAGGGAUAUGUUCACUGGACAGAGCCAUUCACGUCGCGGCUCGUUGGUGACGUUAAGUUGGUGGGCCCCACGAUCAGCUGCGAGGGCAGCCCGCUCAACGGCGACUUUCGCGGCAAGUGGCGACAUAACCCACAUGUGCAGUCCUACGUGGUGGCCACCGACCAGGUGGGGCUGCAAGUGCUGCUUGACGAUGGCCGAGUGUUUCAUUGCCACAACACGAGGUGGAACACGAUUUACUACAGUGAGCUGGGGUCGUCCACCGCAGUCCUGCACGCCGGUUACAACCUCGAUUGCCUGAUGACCAAGUACCAGGGCCUGGAUUGGCGGGACAAGGCCAACUGGGACUGCAACGGCAGGUCCAGUCCGCAGUCAGACUUGACGUACGACGGUAUUUCUCUGGACCCGUACGAGGUGAUGUUCGUCAAGGUGAAGGACGCCAUGCUGUACCGUAACGUGUCGUUCGCACUCAAGGCCGCCAAACUGCAGGAGUGGCAGGAACGCGGCCCGGCAGAUCUUGCCACCGUCAACGCUAAUGUGUAUGCAGAGGAUGAAUUCAACUUCAAAGCGCCCCGUAUCCUGGUCACUAAGGCACGCGGGCACACCUGUUUCGACGUCCACUUUUACCGCACGCAUAACCCAGAACUGACAUCGGUCAACACCGUUGCCUCCGCAUGGAAGCACUUCACCUUCUUCGGGCAGUUCGAGCGGAGACCGUACAGGUUCACAUGUCCCUUCAAUUAUUCGAAAUACUUCAAGUAGCAUCCGUAUGCAGAGCAUUCCGCAUACGCAAGAUGGUGCAUAUUGCAAUCUACGUGGUAUGAGGAGGAGUGCAAAGUUCGCCAGGCUAUUACGGAUUGAGGCAAGCGCUGGGACCCUUAGGUCAGGUGUGGUACCGGUAUUGCAGCGGGUUAGGACGAAUUACGUCCUCCUUGACGUUGGCGCUCUUGCUGAUAGGUUUGGCACAAGCUGGUAGUAGGUCCUUGACGGCGCGGAAGGCAGUGCGGCUGAACGUGUGUUGGUCUUGAAAGUUGAAACGGCUGUGGCCUCACCUGCACUGUGCAAAUUGCGCGGCUCUAGCUGAAGUGGUGGCUCCGGGUGCGCCAGCUUACGCUACAUCGAUUGGCGUUGAUGUUGCAGAGGCCUGGCUUUCUUGCUGCCGCGAGCACUAUGCAAGGCGUGCCCCAUGUUUAGAAGGCGUGUUGGUCCAGGAGUUAAAAGACUGUUUUGUAGCAGGCUGGGUUGUGACCGCUGUCGUGGUGAGGCAAAACGUCUCUACAUCCUUGUAGUACCUGCCAACUCUCAACCUCAAUUGUCUCAAACUCAGGUUUCAAAGUCGUCAUCGUCAUCUGGCACCCGGUUUCCGUGGUGGCGGAAGUGCUUGUGACGCUUCUUGUUCGCGGCGCUGGGCGAGUUCAGUGGCGUGGCCAAGAGUUGGAGCUGCUGUGAGGUAGAGCACCCCUG